AUGGCCACCGAAAAGCGCCCAAAUGUUAAGGACGUGGAGGACCUACAGAUUUUCUGUCUCUUCGAUUCGACGACCGGCCAUUACGUCGAAUGGUUUCAUUACACGGAAGAUCAUGAAGCUUAUCAUGGAUCUUCAUACAAGGACAGGCGCGACAUGACCUUGGACGAGUUCGCCACCGGUCUCAAGCGUCUGAGCGACGACGCCAUCUUCCCCGAGGUCCCUACCGAUCAGCAAAUCACCAUUGCGCCGAAGAACCUGGACGGUAGCACCAUCCACAUCAAACGCCCGGGCCUGAAGUAUUACCUAGGCGCCGAAAAGGAGGCUGAGUGCGCCACCAAAGACCAAGAGCUCGCCGAAGUCUUCACGACGGAAAGCAUCUCCAAGACACCCCAUCCGUACCUGGUUCGGUAUCAUGGAUGCACAGUCCGCCGCGGGCGUAUCACGGGCAUUGCGAUGGAGCGGCUCGGGGAGACGUUGAGCCACUACGCCCGCUGCCCCGGCGGCUGCAUAUCCGAGCACAAAACAAUGUUCGAUCAGAUCGACAAGCAGGCCUUCCUCGCGGGGGUCGAGUCGGCCGUCAAGUUCCUGCACUCGCUCGGCCUCGCCCACAACGACAUCAACCCCCGCAACAUCAUGGUUCGGGAGGCGAGGAAAUGCUUGAAUCCUGGGUUCUUCACCCUCUUUUUCGAUGGCCAUCCCAGCUGCGGCUUGAGCUGCCACGGAGGAGCGAGAGAAAGGACCUUGAUGGAGACCACAGCUUGCCCCUAA